AUGGGGGACCCUCAAGGGCAACUUGUUGCGCCGCGACUCCGCAUCGCCAUCUGUGGUGGUGGUAUCUCGGGUUUGACACUGGCCGUGGCACUCAGCCGUGUCCCCGAUCUCGAUAUCCAGCUCUAUGAAGCGUCUGCACGCUUCUCUGAGAUCGGUGCAGGCGUAAUGAUCUGGUUCAGAACGUGGAGGGUGCUCGAGUUGCUUGGACUAGCCGAGGGGUUUGCGGAGGUCGCCCAUGCACGACCGUCAUCUGCCCCGGGAGUUGGCUUCGACUUCCGGCGCUCAGAUACCCAAGGGCAGGGAGAGCCUUUCCAGCUCUUCAAACUUCCAUACGGCUGCAUACGCUUUCACCGUGCCCACUUCCUUGAUGUCCUUAUCGCAGCACUCCCACCCGGGAUCGCACACUUCCACAAGCGUCUCCAGUCCUUCUCUUCUCCAUCAUCGUUCGAUGUGGCGCCCACUCAGCUCACGUUCACGGACGGCACAACCGCCACAUGUGACGUUCUGGUCGGAUGCGAUGGAAUCAAGUCCGUUGUGCGCACGGGUAUGCUGCUCGAAACGGGUCUGUCGCAGCUCGAUAGGCCGAGAUGGAGCGGUACAGUCGCAUAUCGCGCUCUCGUGCCCGUUGAAAAGCUGCUUGAUCCAAGGGAUGGGACGAUGCACCCAACGGUGAACACGCCGAUGAUGUACUGCGGAAAGAGCAAGCAUGUGGUCAGCUAUGGCAUCUCGCGUGGGACGGUGGUAAACAUCGUCGCGAUGGCUUCGCAACCCAGCCUUGAAGGGACAACAUAUGAUGGUUCUUGGGCGAGUGAAUGCACCCGCGAAGAGUUCCUGAGGCAGUUUGAGGGGUGGGAAGACGAGGUCGGGGAUCUGCUUCAGCACGUAGAGCGCCCGACGAAGUGGGCGCUGCACGAACUUCCCCUUCUCCCGUCAUACACCCACGGACAUACUGUCCUCGUAGGAGAUGCCGCUCAUGCGAUGCUACCGCAUCACGGCGCGGGAGCCGGCCAAGCGAUCGAAGACGCGUACAUCAUCUACGGCAUUUUCGCCUCUCCUUCGACGACGCGCGCCACCCUUCGUCAGGCCUUACAGGCCUAUGACGCUGUCAGGCGGCCUCGCGCGGAAGUCGUCGUUCGGAGAUCAAGAGAGGCGGGCAGGAUGUAUGAAUCCGACGAGGGAGUGUAUGGGGAAGAUUAUCGCAAGCGAGGCGAGGCCAUCGCAGCGAGUUGGGGCUGGCUUUGGGACGGCGGGCCGGAGGAGGACUUGGAGCGCGCUUUGGCGCUAUCAGGAUCUGAUGUUGAGGCGAAGUCUGGCGAAGUAAACGCAUUGAUCUGCAACAUGCGUCGCACGCAACCCAAAGAAUAA